AUGAGCGACUCGACAGUGUUGCAUAGAACAUGGCGCUGCCUCGUUGUUUACUUCGCGGUUUUCAGCUGUGCCUCCUCGCAAGCGCGUGGCUUUUCCUUGACCACAAAAUCGCUGUGUCAGAAACAAGCUCACCGCAUGGAUUCUGAUGCUCGUCCGCGGAGAUGGAAAACUCCUACCUUUGCCGCAAAUGCUUUUGGUGAAGCGGAAACGAGAUUUCUGGAUCCUUCACCACCUCAAUACAGUCCCCCACUAAGGCUGUUUGACACUGAUGCUUCUACUACUCUCGCAGCAACCAUGAGGGAGCUAGAGAAUGCAUGGUCCCAACCCGGAACGGCUGUUUUACAGCGUGUGGAAGAUUGGGCCAAUCAACUUUCUCAAAAAGCGCUGGGCUAUCAACGGCAAGUAGAAAACGCUUGGGGCAAGGUUUCCGACGCCGUGUCACAAAACCGGCAAUUUGGCGAAAGUUUAUGGAUGAAAACGGGAGAGAACCCGCAGUUUGUGAAAAGUCUGCUUGGCAAGCUAGCAAAUACCCAACACGAAGAAGUCCGAUUUGAUGUGCCAGAAACGGCAACUGGAGAACCAAUAAGGUGCAGCGACGACACGCGGCUACAGCCACAUUUGGAGAAGAUCAUCCGUGUUUUCGGCACUGCUGGGCCGGAACGACACCAACACCAAGAUAGAUACUUAGAACGAACGAUCCCCAACUUCUUCCAAAUGGUUGGCUCUACUGCGAGACACCUUAUGCAGGCUAUCUUCAACAGCAUUUGGGGUGACCCAGACAUCGAAAAAGGGGUUCCGGGAUGUGUGAUUCAAUUCGCUGCUCUAUCUGGUGCUGGAGCUGCAUUGGCAUGUGGUGCAUCCUGGAACUUGGCUUUCCUUGGAGCGCUGUCAGCGGCUUAUGUGUCUGUGACGGCCAGCGGCCUAGGAAAGUUUGUACGACUGUUUAGUAGAACGCUUUUGUGGGUCUUCGAUUUUAUCCCACCCUUCUUUGGCGCGAUCAGGGAAAAAAGUUUAUUCGUUGGGCAUCUACUUUCAUUGAAGCGACGAGAUUGGCAAGAGCAAAGCGAAAGAGAUUUCUUACAACUCUCACCACAAGCACUUAUUAGCCGUGAAUCCCUAGAGCAUGAUGUUGAAACGUGGAAAGCUGAUUCGUCUGCCGCUGAGCUGUCGCCCUCCGUAGAGUUUGCAUGGGGAAAUACGAGUACCAAGGAAAACGAACCCAGCCUGCAAGCCGACAGGGCAACAACAGCACAGAAAAAAAAUUCGGGAAUCGAUUCACCGCGAAUAACUGGGCGAAAACAGUCCAAUGAGGUUCAGUGUCAAUACUUGAUUGCCAGUGAAGUAAUUCAUACAAGCAAAUCGGCGCUCGAAGAGUAUGUCAUCCCCCGUUGUGAGGGCGGACACGUCGAUACAUUCCAGGGUUCCCUGGUUUCUCCGAAAGAGUUCCACUUGACAGGCACACACGAAUCGAAGAACAACAAGAAAGUAAAGAUCCAAUCAUCGAACAAAAAGCUCAUAGUGAAUCCUGACAGUAUUGAGUUUGAAUCCUUAAACGUUCGUCAAGCCAUUGAAGCGUUCCUCCGCGACAAACUUCAACAGAAGCAAGCACACACGGAUUCAACGGAAGCGUAUCCAUUGGGGGUUCUUACUCGUAUGGCUGCCGGGGCUGUUGGAAACUUCAGUGGAAACAGGCCGUAAAGAAUCCAGUUGGCAAUCUGAUAGUCAUCCAGCUUUGCAAAAUACUGCAAGGCGAUGAAAAAUGCCACCUAUUUGCAUUUCCUUUUUAAAAAGUCGAGCUGCUGUUUUGUAUUGCCGAACGGUAUGGAAGCCAGCUCGUCAACUGCAUCCUAUAUACAAAUAUUAAUAAACUUAGUAUUGCAUGAU